GCAGAAUCGGCAUUGACAUCCUUAGCCCCCAAACACCGCCUCUAAUCUCUCCUAUAGUCCUACCUCACAUUUGCAUAAACCGAUCACGUUGUCCACCUUCCAACCUGCACCCUCUACAUUAAACGGUCGCCACCUUUAAGCUCACACAUCGAUAGUCACUGUGUUCGGCGUCACCGACAAUCGGCUAUCAUAUUCGGCGUCUCCGGCGACAGUUUUCAUAGAUAAGUGUUGUGGAUUAAUAUCUUUAAUUUUUUUCCAAACAAUUCUUCAGUACUUCUUACACUUUUUAAUUUAAAUUUAGAUAUAUGUAUUUAGAUUUUAUUACUUAAUUGUUGUUUGUCAUUAAAGUAAAGCCAUAGAGAUUAAUAACAACUUGAUAGAUAAUUGCUUGCUGAACUUCUACAACAACCAGAAAAUUUCCUAUUCAAAUUUGUAUUUUGUUAAAUAGGGAACUUGAAAAUGUGAUUUUUUCUGUUAUUUAAUCCUGAAUUGCUUUUCUAUUAUGUCGAAUGUUGGGUAGUCAAUGUGCUGCUUCUAACAAAAAAUGUUUGUCAAGCACUGAUUUGUAAUUGAAGUAAUUCAUUUCUAUGCCAAAGUAACAAUGCCAUUCGUCCUUCUAAAGUUAAACUACUAACUAAAUUUUUUAAUAGAGCUCAACUCUAACUGAUAAAUUAUGAUAAGAAAUUACUUUAAAUAUGUUUUUAUUUGAAUUUCAAACUAUUAUAGAUCAAUUAAAAAUGGGUCUUUUGUAACAUCUCAUAUUUGUGACCAUAUAAUUGGAUCCAAAUCUGGAGCAGAAAUAUGUGUGCUCCAAUAGAAGUUGAAUUCCAACUUUAACUUGUGAUCUAAUAUUUGUUCCCAGUUCUCAUCACUUUCACCUCAACAACUUUUGCAUGAACCCAAGAACUUCCAACCUAAUCUUUCUAUAUUGAAACUUGUUUUAUUAGCUUUGCAAGCUGAUGGAUAGUCUAUCCGGGGUAUAUAUCCGAAGGGUUAUUACGGGGAAUAACUUAGAGAGAAGUCAGAGCAAGUAAGUAAAAGUAGAGAGAGAGUGUAUUCAGUAUGAAUGCCGUUUUCAGCGUGGUUACAAAUGGGGAAAUGGGGUGCUAUUUAUAGUAGCAAUAAAUGCCGGGCAGGGACACGUGUCAAGCGCUCAUUGGCCGAGGGGUCACCUCAACUGGUUGGCGCUGGCAGCCGCAUGUGGCCGCAUUUAAUGCGGCUGUUGGAUGGGACGUCUGUGCGGGGUACGGUGAUCUGUACGCAUGUGAGGUGGAUAUCUUUUCGAGUGAGAUGCCUUCGGCUAUAGAGCAGUAGCCGAGGGCUCCUCCACCCGAUGGCACCCUGGUGCCGAGGGCUCACAUUGCCGAGGGCUACUGUUUUCGCCGUUUUCUCCCAGUUUCUUAAUUUGCUUGAGAAACCCGUUCUGUGAGAAUUUGGAGCCUUCGGCCAGGGGGCCGAAGGCACCCCUGGCGCGUUGUGCGGGCUGCUUGGUACUCUGGGCGCUGUGAUCUGGGCCUGUUGGGCCUGUUGGGCCUUCGCUGGAGUAGUAGGAGUCUGUGGACCGGGGGUUCCCGGGCCAUAUACUCCAUCAGGAAUCCCUCACUCCUUUUGCUGAAAGGUACUUGAGGGAAAAGGAGUAAUUUGUGCUUGCCCUUUGAUGUUGUCCCGUCGUGAUCUCUGAAGUGGGUGAGGAGUUGUUGCUUUUAUGUCCCUGCCGAAGGCAGUCCCUCAGUUACCCACAUGUCGGGACUUGAGGGCUUGCUUUGUUGUUUGUUGGAAUUUCACAGAUUUUGUAAUUUAAUGAUUUUCCCGAGGGGGUCCUCCAGUCCCCCACUCCUUGAGGCACUUGUAAAGUUGUGAAAAGGAGUAAAGUAGUUACGUUGCUGUUGUGGGCCGAAGGCUGACGCUUUUCGUUUCAUUUUGGGGGGAUGCCUCGUUAAAAACCUCAUCAGGAAAAACCCUUUGGGAAAAAAUCCUAAUGAGGGAAAAAGAGUGCACCGAAUUCCCCCAAUGAUGAAUCGAAAAUGUCAAACCUUGGUAAAAAAUGGAGAAUGACGGGAAUGCCGAAGGCUCUCUCUUCUGAGGGCUCCUGUGUUGAUUAGCCGAAGGCUUGCUGUUGCUGUCCUGGUGGCGCCGAAGGGGAGCCCCUCAAUCCAGGGAUCGAGGGCCUGCCAGAUGAGGGCAGCAGUGAAGUUGUUACCGGGGGGGUCCACUGUUUGUUGAUUAGUUGGUGAUGAAGAUACCCGAGGGCUCCCAUUACCAGUGUGCCAUGGGUCAUCCGUCAAUGAGGCAACUCCCCGGGGGCUACCCCGGUUUUGCAGUGCUGAGGGGGAAUCCCUGAGGGGUGCCCUGAUAUGAAGUCCUGGGUUUCUGAAGGAGUGAUCUCGAAGGCAUCUGUUAUGUGCUGUGUGGGGCACAACCCGGGGGCACUUCUGAGUGAGUGUACCCGGAGGCUAUCCUUGAUGAAGUGGAGUGAAGUAGAAAACCCGGGGGCUUCCAGAAUAUAGCCGUUGGAAAUAUAACCGUUGGAAUAUGUAACGACGGGAUAUAGCCGUUGGGGGGGGGGGGGUGGCACACGUGGCGUGUGAUGGCUGGCUGUUCGCGGGCGGCGUCACCGGUUGGGUGAAACGACGGUGUGUAGUGAUGACGGUCCGUCCGGAGGCCCGGUUUCCGGGCCCAAGCCCGGAUUCCAGCGCCUAUAAAUUCCCCAAGGCCAGAGCCAUUCCCGCUGUGCGAACUCAGUUGUCUUAGCGAAGCUCUGCCAAAAAAUCUAGUGAGAGAAACUCAAGCCUCCGGUCAAAACUCUGCUUUCAAGGUCAGUGCCCCCUGCCUUUCUCCUUCUAGUUUAGCUGUGCAUUGUGCCCUCGGGUUAGGAGAUAGAGUUCCCUAGAAACCUUAGUUCCCCCGAAACCUCGAGCUAGAGUUAGAAUGUCGUCCCAGAGUGACUCUCAGGACAUCUCGAGGACGCCCUCGAUGGAGGACGAAGGCAUCUCCGACGUGGAGUCCAGCAGUGGUCAGCCCUCAGAUGGUGGUGAUGCAGCCCUCACCACUGAGAUGCAGAAGGAUCUGAUGGCGGAGGCCGAGGCGGAGGAAUUCGAGCGAACUGCCGAGGAUGAAGAGUUGGCCCUCGCCGUCCAAGUUGCUGAAGAGGAGGAGGAAAAGGAGAGGGCGAAGGUCACCGUGGCAGUCCUUCCCCCUCGGGGUGCUGGUGAGGCCAGUACCUCCCAGCCGCUGAAUGCAGUUCCCAUCCGGGUGGCCCCCGGGAAGAAGAAGGCCAAGGCAGCUGCCCCCAAGAAGAAGGUCAUUGCUGCUGAUCAGGGGAAACCCGUAGAUAUGCCGGAGGGGUAUUCCUGGCUCAACACGGCUGCCUUAGAGAUAAAGUCGAAGGCGGACAGGGCGGACCUCUACGUGAUGCAGCUACAUGUAGGGCCCUCGGCCGUGGUGGUCGAGCCGGGAGUUGACGACGUGCUCUCUCGGGCGCCUGAGGGGUGCAUUGCAGUACACGUACUGUCGGUCUCCAUGGGCCUUCGGUUCCCUCUGCACCCCUUCCUCCGGGAGUACCUGAGGUUUGUUGGCUUGGUACCCUGCCAGCUGACACCUAAUAGCCACUCCUACGUGGCGGGUUUUUUAAACCUCUGUAGGGACCGAGGGGUGACCCCCAGCCUGGACUUGUUUUUCCAGAGCUUCAACCUCUGUCGAGGGGGUCACGCGAAUGCCGAGGGCUUCGCCAACCUGCAGCAGGUGGCCAGGUGGAAGCUGUUCACGGAGGCGCCUUCGUCCAAUAAGGGCUGGAAGGAGCGCUGGUGCUAUGUCAGGGUUGCUGAGAACCCAUUUCCGGCGGAACUUCGGGAUCGCUUCCGUCGGCACCCGAAGGUUGGAAGCGCCGCCCUCGAAAAAGAUGGCCUGGUGAUAGCCAAAAUCCCGGAGGGUCGCACAAAGCAGGUCUCCAUCAAAGACUAUACUGCCGACAAAGGAUUCUACGCCCUCGGCUUUCGGAGGUACCGAUUUAUUGGGGAAGCGGACGAGAAGUACCCCAUUUUUGCUGAGGCCUUCGUGGGAACAGGAGGUAGUGGCCGGGGGAUUUUACAUUUUCGUACUUAGAGGUUUUUGUUAUGUUUGUUGUCGUGUGUCUGACCCCUCCGUUCUAACCUUUUAACUUGUUGUUGUCAUUCUUUGCAGGUAGCAGGAUGAAUGCCAAUGCCCUGUUCGCAAAGAGGAAGGGCAAGACCCAGUCAAAGGAGAAGGGGCCCUCGGGCCAGAAGCCAGUCGACGCGCUUUUUCCGAAGGUCAUAGAGCCUUCCGCCGGGGACGCCCAUGCUGCUGUGGGGACCGGGGGGUCGAAGGCCGAGGCGGCCGCUAAGAAGAAGAGGAGCGACAAGGGGGUGGAGCCCCCCACCAAGAAGCAGAAAGGCGCCGGGGGUGCUGUCGGGGCGGGGCGGCCCCCCUCAUAAUUAUUGAUGACAUGCCCGCUGUUGAUGGGCCUCUAGCCUCGGUCCCUCCGAAGGAUCCGGUGAAUCCCCCCCGGGAGGAAUUACCCCGGGAGAUCCGUCAGCUCUCCUUUGCCCCCGGCGCUUCAUUGAUGCACGGCACUGCCGAGCCGAAGGCCUUCCUGCAGGGCAUCACCUCGAAGAUGGACAGGGAAGUCUUCGAGACCUACGACGAUGAUGCCCUCGAGAACAGGAUCCUCCGGUCCUCUCUCACUGCCUGCAUAGCCCUCGGGGAACAGGCCCGGAGGCGCGAGGAAAGGCGCCUUCACGAGGCCGCCCAAGAUAAGAAGAUGGAGGUGCUGAUCCGCAAGAACUCCGAGGCGAUGAAGCAUGCUGCACAGCUGGAGGAGGCCCUCCGGGAGGCGGCGGCGGCGGCGGAGAAGGCCAAGGCUGACGGCAUAGCCGAAGGCAAGGCAGAGGCUGAGAGGGCUGCUGCCGAGGCGGCGAAGAAAGAUGCCGAUGAAGCCCAAAUCGCCAAGGAGGGAGCUGUGGCCGAGGCCCAAAGGGAGGCAGUCGCUGAGUUCCUCGCCGAGGGCUGGAGGACCGAGGGCCACAAGGAAUGGGUGGCCUCCGUGGUGGCAGCCUCGGUGGAUGCUUGGGUUGAAGGCCCCGGGGUUGACUGGCUGACCGAUAGGGGCGACACCUACUACUAGGGGGGUGAGUUCUUUACCCAGCACCUGAUUUACCGGAGGCUCGCCAGGCACUUCGGCGUAUCCCUUGAUCAAUUCGACCCCUCGGCAUACGGCCUCCCCCCGCUGCAACCAGACGUGAGAGUUCCCCUCCCCCUGGGCGAAGAGCGGCCGACGAUAUAUGAUUCCGUGAUGAUGGGGGGUGAUGGGGGCGGAGCCGUCGGAGGUGAUGCUGGCGAGGAAGAAGUCUCCUCCAAAGCUGCCGUGGAAGAUGCCCCCGGAGAUAACGAUGCUGAAGCCGCUGAGAAAAUUUGUACUUAGCUAAUAUCUAAAACUUUUGUUGUAACGGACACCUCUGAUCCUUCGGCUUCGGCCUGUCUGUAAUGAUUACAUUGACUAUUUUUUGUUGUAAUUGAAUGAUUGCCUUCGGGCUUUGUGUAUAUGAUAUGCUUCCUUUUGAUUUGUUCAUUGUCGAAUAUAUGCCUUCGUCUUGCUUUGGAUGUAUGCCUUCUCUUUUUUGAAUGUAUGUUUUAGGACUUAGAAUAUUAUCUGAUUGUAGCUAGCCCUUUUGAGCCUUCAGUAGUUGGGCACCCUCUGCUGGAUAUGCAACCGAGGGUUCAGCAGCAAUUAGGACUUAGAAAAUUUUUCUAAGUGUAGCACACCAUAGGGCCUUCGGGUGUUUGCAGUAACCCAAAUCCUAGGACUUAGAAAAAUUUCUAAGUGUAGAUUUCCCCUUGAGAGCCUUCGGGAUAUGGCAUCCCUUCCUGAUGUGUGAAUGUUGGACCGAGGGCCCAAUGCACAGGACUUAGAGAUUUUUUGCAAGUGUAGUAUGUCAUGUAGCCUUCGGCUACUGUGGAGCCCCAACUGAAAUAUUGAAUAGGUCGGGGGCUAAUUCUUUAGGACUUAGAAAAUUUUCUUGAGUGUUGAUCCCUUGUGUACUGUAGCCCUCGAUUGGUAGGUAGCCUUCGGCAAUUAGGUCCCUUGAGAUGAGGGUGAAAUAUGUAGGACUUAAAAAAUCUUCUAAGUGUAGAGUUUCCCUUAGGAGCCUUCGGGAGGUGGCAUCCCUCCAUGAUGUAUGAGUAGCUGACCGGGGGGGAAAAUAUGCAGGACUUAGAAAAUAUUCUAAGUGUAAAAUCUCCCCUGUGAGCCUUCGGGGGAUGACAUCCCUCCUUGAUGUAUGAGUAGUUGACCGGGGAAAAGCAUGUAGGACUUAGAAAACAUUCUAAGUGUGAAAUCUCCCUUGGGAGCCUUCGGGAGAUGGCAUCCCUUCUUGAUGUAUGGCCUUCGACCGUCAUAUUCCUCUAGCUGCAAUACUGACUGAGCUGGGGGCCCAUCUUUAGGACAUAGAAUUUUUUUUUUGUUUGCAAGUGUUGUUGUAUCGCAUAGCCUUCGGCUAUUGUAUUCCCCUGGCUGUAAUGUUGAUUGAGCCGGGGGCCCAAUUUUAGGACUUGAAUUUUUUUUUCAAGUGUUGUUUCUUUGUGUAGCCUUCGGGUGAUAGGUGCCAUCUGACUCUGCAUUACUUUGCGAGAUGCCUGGGGGCUACUAAUUUAGGACUUAGAAUAUUUUCUAAGCGUAAAUUGGUGUUGAGCUUCCGGAUGUAGAUCCCUUGUGUCGUAUGAGUCUCUGGCCGAGGGCCAAAUAUGUGUGGAAUCCUGUUGUUGUGAAGAGUGCCAACGAUGAGUGUGUGCCCUCGGCAUACACUCUGAAGAGUUGUAGAGUUUGACUCAGCCAGUUGUGUCCUUUGUAACGGGGUAGGGGCCCUCGGUAUUAAUGCAUAACAGAUGCCUUCGGUGUUUGUAGUACCGUUUAGGGGGCUUUGGAUAGUCCCUUGGUAUUGUUGAAGCCUUCGGUGCUUGUGUGACCGGAGGUGACCAGGCAGUGGACUUAGCCGUUUCUUGAUGAUAUUUGUUUGAGUAGUGUCCUUCGGGAAAUAGGAGCCUUCAAUUACCGGAGGUGUUCAUGUGGGGAGCCCUCGGCAUGUUGUGAUCUGUUGGAGUGUACUCUUUGAUUUCUCGCUGAGUCUACUCCCCUUCACCCCCUCUUUUUUUUUUUUUUUUUGGUUGGUGGUGAAGGGAAGGCAUCAAGAAACUUGGCUUCUUGGUAAGGCUGGGCCUAUUAGGAGACCAUCAGAAUACACCAAUGGCUCUCCUCCCUCGGGUUAACCUUCCGAGUUCCGAUGGGAUCGAGGGACGUUUCCUGGGCACAAGAUAUGGUGGUCCGUAACCUGCCUCCCCUUGGGGGAUGGCGCGGAAAGCGCCUCAUUUUUGAAAGUCGUCCCCUCGGCGCUAGACAUAGUCCGUGGCCUGCCACACCCUUGGGGUGGUGGCGCGGGGAGCGUUUCGGUUUGGAAGUCGAAUCCUGGGCAUUUCUCAUGCCUAUCAUACCCUGGGGGUAGUGACGCGGAUAGCGUUCCGUUUUUGAAAGUCGAAUCCUGAGCAUUUCUCAUGCCUGUCAUACCCUGGGGGUAGUGACGCGGAAAGCGUUUCAAGGAAGGGUUUUCAUUUGCACACUAGUUGCAAAUGGCCGGGGGCACUACGUGCCGCCGGCACCGAUGGUGGCGCCUUCGGUAUAUGCGUCCUCGUGGGGUACGGCUUUUAGAAACAACACUUGGUGUUAGUUUCGAUGUGUAGCCCCCGGUACUUGGUACCGAGGGGUCUUCUGUAGGAACACUUGGUGUUCUCUAUUGUUGUAGUUGAUGUAGGCGUCUACCCUCGGUACUUGGUACCGAAGGGUCUUCAAAUGAAACACUUGGUGUUUCCCAACAGAUGUUUGGAAGUUGAUAGGAGAGCAUAUCCCUGACACUGGGUGCCGAGGGGUCUUCUUUGAAACAUUUGGUGUUUUUUCUUCGUUUCGAUGUUUGAUGAUGGAGGUGUACCCUCGGCACUGGGUGCCGAAGGGUCUUCUGUAGGAACACUUGGUGUUCUCUUUUGUCGUAGCUGAUGUAGGCGUCUACCCUCGGUACUUGGUACCGAAGGGUCUUCAAAUGAAACAUUCGGUGUUUUCCAACAGGUGUUUGGAAGUUGAUAGGAGAGCAUAUCCCUGGCACGGGGUGCCGAGGGGUCUUCUUUGAAACAUUUUGGUGUUUUUUUCUUCGUUUCGAUGUUUGAUGAUGGAGGUGUACCCUCGGCACUGGGUGCCGAAGGGUCUUCUGUAGGAACACUUGGUGUUCUCAUCUUUUUCUUUUUUGAUGUUGAAGGUGGGAAUGUACCCUCGGCACUGGGUGCCGAAGGGAAAUGAAACACAUGGUGCUCCUUGUUGUUGGUGAUAGGAGUUCCUUCCCUCGGUACUUGGUACCGAGGGAUCUUGACUGAAAACACGUGGGGUUUUCACCGUUGUUGUAGGUGUUGAUGGUGUCCGCCCUCGGCACUUGUUGCCGGAGGGGGUUCUUCUCGUGGUGAGGCCGGGGGCCUGUAGUCAGUAUGAGGGCUUGAUGUCUCGAAUGUAUCUUCAUUCUUCGAAAUUGAAGGCCUUGGGCCAUAGGAUAUUACAUUCACUAGUUAUGAGGGCUUGGCCGCUCUUACUAAGUGGUGUACAUUCCAGUGCCUAGGGACUUCUUUCCCGUUGGGGCGUUUGAGCUUGUAGGUCCCAGGUUUGAUGAUGGCUGCUAUGAUGUAGGGGCCUUCGAAUUUUGGUGCCAUUUUUCCUCCCUCGGUUGGUUGGCUGGCUUCCCUCCUCCGGAGGACAUAGUCCCCCACUUGAAAUUCUCGGGUGCGAACUUUGGCGUCGAUGUAGCUUUUAACUUGCCUUCGGUAGUUUUCCGCCCGGAUGAAGGCCUGUUCCCGGCGUUCUGAAAUGAGGUGGAGGUCGAGGGCCAUGUUGCUGUCGUUGACCUCGGGGUCAUAUUGGAUUACCCUUCGGGUGGGAAGGGUGACUUCCGUAGGAGCUUUGGCUUCAAAACCGUAGCAGAGGGAGAAGGGUGUUUCACCUGUUGCUCGCCGAGGGGUGGUGCGAUAGGCCCAAAGGAUGUUGUGGAGUUCUUCCACCCAGUCACCGCCCUCGGCCUCUAUCUUCUUUUUUAGGCCCUCGAGCAAGGUCCGGUUGGCAUUCUCUACUUGCCCGUUGCCUUGAGGGUAGGCGACGGAGGAGAAGGUGUGUUUGAUGCCCCAUGCCUCCAGAAGGGCACAGAAGGGGGCUGCCUCAAAUUGUGUCCCAUUGUCGGAGAUGAUCUGCUGGGGGACGCCAAACCUUGUGAGGAUGUUCUUGAGGACGAAGUGACGGCACUUCGCCUCUGUGAUGCUGGCGAGGGGUUCAGCCUCCACCCACUUGGUAAAGUAGUCGACGGCCACGAUGAUGUAUCUGUUGUUUGAGGUACCCCUCGGCAGAGGGCCCACAAGGUCUAUCCCCCAUCGAGAAAAGGGGACAGAGGUGCUGAUGGGGGCAUAGUUGACCGCUGGCCUGCCGGGAGCUUUCUGGAAAUGUUGACAUGCGGUGCACCUCCGGGCAAGGUCAGCACAAUCCCUGGCCAUGGUUGGCCAGAAGUAGCCCUGGAGAAUGAGCCUUCGGGACAUAGAGAAGGGUCCCUGGUGAGCUCGGCUUCAUCUGGUUGGCCACUGUGCACUUCCUCCAUUGCGACCUCGGCUUCAUCUGGAUGAAGGCAUCGAAGUAGCGUGCCAUUGUAAGAUCGUUUGUAGAGCCUCCCAUCUUCGAUGGUGUAGCUAGGAGCCCUCAGCUUUGCCAGUUUAGCGCGGGCCUCAUUCUCGGGUAGUUGCCCUGUGGAGAUGAAGGCGGUGAUAUCUGAGAUCCAAUCCUCCUGACGUUGUUGUAUGUUCAUAACGGGGCUUGCAUGGAUGAUUGAGAGGCUGAGUUCCUCGAUCUUGGCAAUUUUGGAGAUGUGCUCGGGGGAGUCGGCCGAGAGCUUAGAUAAUAUGUCGGCCUCGGAGUUCUGAGCCCUCGGUAUUUGAGUGAGAGAGUGUGCCUCAAAUACCUUAAGCAACUCCUUGGCCGCUUCCUUGUAUUGUUUCAUUCUCCCCUCCUUGGCCUCAUAUUCUUCGGAGAUUUGGCCAACGACCAACUUGGAGUCGCAUUUGAUGUGGAUCUGCCGAGCCCUCAUGUUGGCAGCCAGCCGAAGGCCACAUAGGAGGGCCUCAUAUUCGGCCACAUUGUUGGAGACCUUGAAGGAGAAGCGGAUUGCAUAGUAGGCCCUGAAGCCCUCGGGAGUAAUGAGGACUACCCCUCCCCCGCAUGCUUUGGUCGCGGAGGAUCCGUCAGUGUAGAGGGUCCACCAGUCGUCCGAGGUAGCCGAGGGCUCCCCGUCCGUGGCUGCCCUUGCGGUACACUCCGUCACAAAGUCCGCCAGGGCUUGGCCUUUGAUGGCAGGCCUUGGGCGGAUGUCAAUGUUGUACUGGCUCAAGAAGAUAGCCCAUUUCACCAUGCGGGAGGAGCUGGUGGGGCUCCUCAUGAGGGCGCCGAGGGGUUGAUGGGUGAGGACCUGAACCGGGUGAGCCUGAAAGUAGUGGCCCAACUUCUUGAUAGUACAAACGAUGGCCAACACCGUUUUUUCCAGAGGGGAGUACCGGAGCUCGGCCUCCCUUAGGGUCUUGCUAACGUAGAAGAUGGCAUGUUGGAUGCCGUCUUCCUCCCGGAUGAGCACAGAGCUGAUGGCCGCCGGGCUAGCCCCAAAGUAGAGGUAGAGGGUCUCCCCUACCUUGGGUUUGGAGAGCACAGGAGGUGAAGAUAGAUAUCGUUUGAGCUCGUCGAAAGCCCCCUGGCAUUCUGGAGUCCAUAGAAAGCCAGCCGUCUUCCUCAUGAUCUGGAAGAAGGGUAGAGACUUCUCCGCCGAUUUAGAUAGAAAGCGGUUGAGGGCUGCCAGGCGGCCCGUCAAUCGUUGGACUUCCUUCACAUUGCGUGGGGGCUCCAUGUUGAUGAUGGCCUGGAUCUUCUCGGGAUUGGCCUCAAUACCCCUUCGGCUCACCAUGUAGCCCAAGAAUUUGCCCCCUUGGACGCCGAAGGUGCACUUCUUCGGGUUUAGCCGAAGGUUGAAUUUUUGCAUGAUGGCAAAGAUUUCCCGGAGGUCGUCAGCAUGGCUGGAAGAUUGUUUGCUCUUGACGAUGAUGUCGUCAACAUAGGCCUCCAUGGUGCGCCCCAGGACGGCUUGAAAGACCCGGGCCACCAUCCGGGUGUAAGUGGCCCCCGAGUUCUUUAGGCCGAAGGCCAUCACUAGGUAGCAGAAGAUGCCCUCGGGAGUCAUGAAGGCAGUUUUUUCGGCGUCCUCCUCGUGCAUGAAAAUUUGAUGGUACCCUCGGAAGGCAUCGAGGAAGGACAUGAUCUCACACCCUGCGGUCUCAUCCACCAAUUGAUCAAUGUUUGGUAGAGGGAAUGGAUCCAUAGGGCAUGCUUUGUUGAGAUCGGUGUAGUCCACGCACAUGCGGAAGGUAGGGGGCUUCUGCGCGAGGACUACAUUCGCCAGCCAUGAGGGAUAUUUCACCUCCUUGAUGUGCUUAAUGGAGAGGAGCAUGGCGACCUCCUUCUUCACAAAUUCCCUUCUCUCGGCGGAGAGGGGUCUUCUUCGUUGUUGCACUGCCUUUGCCGAAGGGUCCACCGAGAGGCGGUGGGUGAUGACCCUUCGGCUGAUUCCCGGCAUGUCCUCCGGCCCCCAUGCAAAGACAGUGGAGUAGGCGCGGAGGGCAUCGGUGAUACCGGUCUUCAAAUCUUCAGGGAGCUGGGCUCCAAUCUUCACGACUUUCUCCGACUGGGCCAGAUCGAGCGCAAAGUCUUCUACGUCCUCGGCCGGUUCAGCCCUCGGCCUUCUCUCCUCUUGGUCGAUGGUUCCGGUGAUGGUGUCAACACGGAAUUCCGUCUUGCUUACCUUCUUAGUGACCUGAAGAUAGCAGGCACGGGCAAUUUUCUGGUUCCCCCGGGAGUAGCCAAUGCCCCCCUCGGCGGGGAAUUUGAGGCAAAGGUGCCUCAUGGAAAUGAUGGCUUCGAGGUCCUCGAGGGCUGGCCGGCCGAGGAUGAUGUUGUGGGCGCAGUCAAUGUUGACGACGACGAACUCCACCUCGAGCUGGGCUCUAUGGAGCCCGUCGCCGAAGAUCACCGGGAGGGUUAUUACCCCCUCGGAAUCAAUAGUAUCGCCGGUGAAGCCGGCAAGAGGGGUCUUAAUGGGCCGAAGGGACCCCCUCUCCAGAUGCAGCUCUCUGAAGGUGCUGAGGUACAUUACAUUGACGGAGCUGCCCGUGUCAAUGUAAGUUCGGUGAAUAAUGGUGUCGUUUAUCUCCGUCCGAAUCACCAAGGCAUCCCUGUGAGGAGAAGAAGUAGGAGGGAGAUCCGCGUUGGUGAAGGUGAUGGGUUCCUCCCUCAGUCGCUUUACCGGGGGCAUAUGAGUGACUUCCCCCACGUAAAGCGAUUGAGCCCACUUCUUUCGUUGGCUGGUGGAAUCGCCCCCUGUAUUGCCACCGGUGAUCAUGAGGAUGUGGCGUUUUUUCUCCAGGUAGUGGGGGUAUUCCUCCUCCUCUUCUUCCAAGUUUCCAAUCUCCCUCUUCUUGCCGAGGGGGAUGGUAUUCGGGUUUACCCAAGCAUUUACCUUCGUAUGGUGCCCUCGGGGAGGUCCCUGAUGAGAAGGCCCCUCCUGCCGAGGGCUCUGGACAAAUUGGGACAGGUGCCCCGCCUGUAUUAAUCUCUCGAUGGCCGUCUUCAGCUGAUGGCAGUCAUCGGUCCUGUGCCCCUGGUGCCGAUGGAAGCGACAGUAGGGGAACUGAGGGUUGAUAGCGUGUACCUCCGGGGGUGCGCGAGAGUCGCGCUCAACGAGGCCCCUCUCCUCGGCAAAAUCGAGGAUGAUGCUGACGGGGUGCGUCAAUGGUGUCCGAGGGCGGUCCAGGAGAAUGGGCUGGGCCCAAGUCUUAAGGUUGCUCUUAUAACCUCCCCCGGGCUUGGCUUGGCCUUGCCGAGGGCGGUCAUCAGAGGGUCCCGAAGCCUUGGGGUGAUUUGGAGGAGCCCCCGGCCCCCGGUUAUGCUUGUUGUCAGCCCUCGGGGGCUGCUGGUCCGGAUGCUGGUGAUACUUCUCCACCUCCUCGGCCUCAGCAUAUCGGUCCCCCCGCUGCAAAGCCCUUAUGUAGUCGCGGGGGGUUCAAUGAUGAGGCUCCUUGAAAAGUUACCGGUGCGGAGGACGGUUUGUAGGAGGGCCAGGAGGGUCCCGUCAUCAGCACCGUCGACCUUGUCGGCCUCCGUCCUCCAGCGCUCCAGGAAAUCCCGGAGGGUCUCAUCCUUCUUCUGGCGUAUUGUUAGGAGGUGGGAGAAGUGCUUCCUUGUGCGACGCCUCCCGGCGAAUUGUGUCAAGAAUCAAUGGGCGAGUUCUUGCCACGAAUCAAUGCAGCCCUCGGGCAGCCUGUUGAACCAUUCGUAUGCCGGUCCCUCUAAGGUGGAGAGGAACCAUCGACACAAAUAUUCGUCUGACGCCCCCACCAUCAUCAUGCUGUUCUGGUAUUUGCUGUAGUGUUCCUGGGAUUCCGUUUUCCCGUUGUAGGGCUGUAUGUGUUGCCCUCGGUAUUUUUCCGGGAUCCGGGCCGCCAAUACCCUUGGGGUAAAUGGCGUCCGAGUCCGGAGCUGGAUGACGGGUUCCCCGGAGCCCUCGGCCACCCUCUUCUGUAACUCCUCCAUUUUGGCCAUCAUGGCCUCAUAUUUGAGAUCUGAAUGAGGGGUGGAGGUGGUGGCGUGAGCUUUGUUGGACUCCAUCUCGUCAAGCCGGCGUUGGAGGGUCGCAAUAAUCUCGUCCCGGGGAUCCUUCGGGAGGGUCUCCGCCCCCUGCGAACGAACCCGGGCCGAGUGGGUCUGGUUGAUUUGGUGCCGAGCAUCAUCGGCAUGAAGGGGUGCCUUGCCUUUGUCCCGAGGGGGACGCUCCUCGUCUGCCCUCGAAACAGAUCCCCCGCUUUCCUGGGGCCUUUGGAGUGCUUUCCCCCGAGGCGGUCUUGGACCCCUCAGCGGUCUGGCCCUCCUCCGAGCCGGUUGAGGGCGGAAGUACGGGACCUUUCCCUGUUGUCAUUAUGGCGGUCCCGGGACUGAACUUCCUGGGAGGACGUAUCUUGGGCCACCACCCCUUCGUCGUUUCUCACCCGAGGGGUGGGAUUUCCGAAGGGGUGUGGCAGAGGGGGAAGUAUGAUAUUUUCCCCGAUCUGAGGGUGAGCUGGAGCCAGGGUGCCGAAGGCACCCGGGUUCUGGGUGAGCGUCUGGAUGAAGGCGGAGAGCGCCGAUUGCACGUCGAUGGUGAGAACCGGAGGGCUGACUUGGUCAUCGCUCCGGUUUUUCUUCUUGGCCUCGAUGCCGAGGCGGGCAUCGGGGGCAUUUUGUUGGAUCUGAAGGCGUAGGUCGACAGUCGCCUGUUCCAGCCCAGCGAUGACACCGCCCUCGGGAGCCCUGUGAGAGGCUUCGGGGGCGUUGACGUCGCCGAGGGCCAGGUUCUUGUCUUCUACGUUCUUUGAGUUGGCACGUGUUGUCCUCACCAUUUUGAUAGAGGGCUAGUGUUUUGUGUUUGGUCGAGGGGGAGGGUUUCUUACUCGAUUGUUCAACCUCUCAACGAGAGCACCAAAUGAUGGAUAGUCUACCCGGGGGUAUAUAUCCGAAGGGUUAUUACGGGGAAUAACUUAGAGAGAAGUCAGAGCAAGUAAGUAAAAGUAGAGAGAGAGUGUAUUCAGUAUGAAUGCCGUUUUCAGCGUGGUUACAAAUGGGGAAAUGGGGUGCUAUUUAUAGUAGCAAUAAAUGCCGGGCAGGGACACGUGUCAAGCGCUCAUUGGCCGAGGGGUCACCUCAACUGGUUGGCGCUGGCAGCCGCAUGUGGCCGCAUUUAAUGCGGCUGUUGGAUGGGACGUCUGUGCGGGGUACGGUGAUCUGUACGCAUGUGAGGCGGAUAUCUUGUCGAGUGAGAUGCCUUCGGCUAUAGAGCAGUAGCCGAGGGCUCCUCCACCCGAUGGCACCCUGGUGCCGAGGGCUCACAUUGCCGAGGGCUACUGUUUUCGCCGUUUUCUCCCAGUUUCUUAAUUUGCUUGAGAAACCCGUUCUGUGAGAAUUUGGAGCCUUCGGCCAGGGGGGCGAAGGCACCCCUGGCCCGUUGUGCGGACUGCUUGGUACUCUGGGCGCUGUGAUCUGGGCCUGUUGGGCCUGUUGGGCCUUCGCUGGAGUAGUAAGAGUCUGUGGACCGGGGGUUCCCGGGCCAUAUACUCCAUCACAAACAUUGACCAAAAAUCAAAACAAUACCUCUCAAAAGUAGAGACUCAUAAAGUUGAAACAUUUAGUUGUGUGUUUACAGUGGCUCAAACAGUGAUUUAGUUGAGAAAUAAUAUUCACUUCCUAAUAGAGCUUUUGUCAUAAAUAUAAUUGACCUAAUAGAGAUUUCUCGUAAAUUAUGAACUCACGGUGACAACUGAAUGUACAUCAAAAUUAAUUGCCGGUGUAAUCUGAAAUCACGAAACAAAUACUUUAAAACGCAAUAUUGUGAACUCACCAAUAAGUAGUCUCAUCUAGUAUUUGUGCACUUAACAAUCAAAACUAUUGAAGUUAUACACAUGGUAAAGAAAAGGAUCAUUGACGUAAUAUCGUCAAAACUCUAAAUAUUCAUUUUUUGUUUCUGGGGAGAUGACUCAUGAACAUACAAAAUAGAGUUUGGUCAAGUCAAAUGAGCAUAAGGUAAAAUUAUCUUAACAUAUAUUUCUAUUUUUUUAGAGAUUUGAGUAUCAAGAAGUAGUAUUAGUUUAUUAUUAAUCCACAACAAAUUCAUCUUCAGAGCAUUUUAAAGCCUAACUUAGGUAGAUAACGAUAUAUUUACCGUGAUUGUCUUUUUCAAAAUUUACAUUUGGAGAAACUCUUUGGUAAACUAAUACCACUGCAUCCAUUUGCAUUGUUAAAGACUUAAAGUACGAAGUAUUAUAUUCUUUAAGAUCUAAAGGAAAACUUUUCUUGAUAUUACAAAUACGUACCUAUUUUUAAACAUACAGUUCUUGGAUACGAUCAUGGCAUUUCAGAUCACUUACUUAAUCAUGACACAUUAACAGGUUUCACAUAUUGAAGUAGCUUGGAGUAGCUCGAUGAGGGUUCCGUGUGAUCUUUGCUCGUAUAUACACUAUAUAUAUAGUCCUAUCCUGCACUAUGACAAUAAAUAUAUAUUAUUGGUAAUUUCAAGAGUCAUUUUGAACAUCGCUCCCAUUUACUAUGGAGUAUAAUUCCCAUUUGUAAAAAGUGUGUUUUUGUUGGGUUCUAAGAGUGUCCAUUAUUGUAUACACUUGGAAAUUCAAAAAGUUACUCUCUAUUUAUUACGGAAUACUACUCAUUAUACGGAUAACUUUUAGUAUUUUGUGCAAGUUGUCUUCUGCAAUUAAAGAAGCAUUAUUUCAAGGGUC